AUGGAAGGGUUGGAGAUGGAGAAAAGGCUUCUUGAUGCUGCCUUAGAAGGCGAUGAAAAGACUCUAUAUGAGUUGCUUCAAGAAGACAAACUGGUGCUUCAUAGAGUUUCUCUUUCUUUUUCCAAUUUCAAUCCUAUACAAAUAGCUAUAAUUCGAGGGCACCAAAAAUUUGUUGAAGCAAUUUUGGAUCAUAAUCCUGAGCUAUUGGGGAGCGUACAAGAUUCAGGUCAAAAAUGGUCGUCCCUUCACUUGGCAUCAGCUAGAGGUCAUUUGAGAAUUGUUGAAGCUUUGGUAAAUGCUAAUCCUGACAUGUGUUUCGAUUGUGAUCAAGAUGGAAGGAACCCUCUUCAUGUUGCUGCCAUGAAAGGCAAAAUUGGAGUGUUGGAAGUGUUGAUUCAUGCGAGGCCUUUUGCUGCUCGGGAAAAGACUAGACGUGGGGAGACCAUCUUGCAUUUGUGUGUGAAGUAUCAUCAGCUGGAGGCAUUGAAGAAGUUGGUGGAGGCCGUGGACGAUGAUGAAUUCUUGAAUCAAAAAGAUGGUGAAGGCCUUACAAUAUUACAUUUGGCUGUUAUUGGCAAGCAAAUUGAGAUCAUCAAAUAUUUGCUUACAACCAAAAUAGAUAUCAACUCUAAGAAUGCAAAAGGGCACACAGCAUUGAAUGUGGUUCCACAGAAUCCCAAGGAUAGCCAAAAGGAGAUUGAAAACUCUCUUCGACAAGCAGGGGCAUUAACGGCUGAUGAAAUCACAAAUCAGCAAUCAAAUUUUGGUCAAGGAAAAUGGAUGGAACAGAAAAGCAAAGCGCUAAUGGUAGUGGCAUCGCUUAUUGCAAAUAUGGCUUUCCAAGCUGGCAUAAACCCCGCGGGAGGAGUUUGGCAAGAUGAUCAAACAGAACAAUCGCAAGGAAAUCCUUCGCUAAAUAAUCCACAUAAAGCAGGAAAAUCCAUCAUGGCUUAUCACGACAUUCUGAUUUAUCGAUGUUUCAUUACUCAAAACACCAUUGCAUUUGUUUCAUCUCUGGGCACAAUCUCGCUGCUUAUCAGUGGGCUUCCCUUCAGGCGCAAGGUCUUCAUGUGGAUCUUGAAUGGGGUUAUGUGGUUAACUGCAAGUUCAAUUAUAUAUAGUUAUGGAUUAUCAAUAGGUUUUGUGACACCAGAUCGUGAGGUUAAAAAAGAAAGGCCUUAUGCUGUUGCAACUGUUGCCUGGAGUUUAGUGAUAACAAUCUUUCUUCUGGGAAUAAGUGGUGUUACAAAAAAGUGGAGGAAUCUCUGCGGAAGAAUAAAAUGGAGACCGAGAAAUAGUGUGAGUGGCGUGGUUGAAAACCACAGAAAUAGUAGUAAUCGAGUAGAGCUUCAAAUAUAG